AAACCCGGAGAAGCCUCUGGAGGGGGCAAGGUCGCCCGUGUAGGCAGGGCUCAGCGCCCGCGGCCCCAGGGCCUGGCUGCCCGCGGAAGAGAGCCCCGUUGUCGCCCGCACCCCGCCCCGCCGAGGAUGCCAAGGAUGGCUGCUCGGGAGGAGGACGGUGGCGAGGACCCCUGGCUGCGGCUGCGGCCCGUGGAGCCGUCGCCCGCCCAGUGCUGCGGUGGCGGCUGCUCGCCCUGCGUGUUCGACCUCUACCACCGAGACCUGGCCAGGUGGGAGGCUGCCCGCGCCAGCGGGGACGAGGCCCUGCUGAGGGGGGACCGGCCACAGAGCGGCCCCUCCCCGCUGAGCACCGAGACCUUCUCGGCCUUCCUCAUCACUGACGUGCACAGACUCACCCCGGACACCUACCGCGUCCGCUUCGCACUGCCCGGGCACGGCCAGCUCGGCCUGCGGCCUGGCCAGCACCUCGUCUUACGGGCUCGGGUCGGUGACUUGGACAUCCAGAGAGCCUACACGCCCAUCAGCCCCGCCAACGCCAGCGGCUACUUCGAGGUCCUCAUCAAGUGUUACCCGGCAGGGCUCAUGUCCCGGCACGUGGAGUCCUGGAAAGCGGGGGACACGGCUCUGUGGCGGGGACCUUUCGGAAGCUUCUCCUAUCAGCCAAACCAGUACGGCGAGCUCCUCAUGCUGGCCUCGGGCACCGGCCUGGCCCCCAUGGUGCCCAUCCUGCAGAGCAUCACCGACAACGCCGACGACGAGACCUUCGUCACCCUGGUCGGCUGCUUCAGGACCUUCGAGGGCAUCUACCUGAAGGCCUUCCUGCAGGAGCAGGCUCGCUUCUGGAACGUGCGCACCUUCUUCGUGCUCAGCCAGGAGAGCGCCCCUGAGCAGCUUCCCUGGAGCUACCAGGAGAAGACCCGCUUUGGCCGCCUGGCGCAGGAGCUGGUGGGAGAGCUGGUCGCGUCCUGCCGGAGAAAGCCCUUCGCCUUGGUCUGCGGCUCGGCCCAGUUCACCCAGGACGUGGCGGCGUGCUUGCGGGGGGCCGGCUUGGAGGAGGAGGACUACUUCCUCUUCUAGCCCAGGCCUCCUUCCUGCCUCCUCGAAUUCCUGCCAGGAGGGCACGCCUCCUCUGGCAGGGGCACUGUGUGUGUGCGGGGAGCAGGGGCUGGUGGGGGCCUGGGGAGGGGACCCGGGAGGAAGCCGGGUCCCCCUGGACCUCACUAGGUGGGCUUUGGCAGGGAGGAAUUUCCUGGGCCCUCAGAAGGGGGUGUUGCUUGAGGCUCCCCUGGGAGUCCGCCGGAGGCUGCCUGUUCCUGGGGGCGGCCCCUGGGAGACCUCGGGGCUCAGGUCAGGUGCACAGCACUUGGGGGGUUCCAGGGGCGGCUGAGAGCUGAGAGGGGGCUGCUUCACUGCUUCACGGGCCUCCAGCGCACCCAGCAGACCCAGGAAGGCCUGGGUUCUGCGUCCCAGUUCCCGGUGGGGCGGGUCCGGAGUGACCGCCCCUUUGUCCCAGCCCUGGGCCCUCCCUGUGCUUUCCUGUCUCCCCACCCGGCUUCAGGCACCCCCUCCUCCCGCUGGCAGCUCCUCUCGGCCACCCUGGUGACGGUUGCUAUGGAGAGCUAAAGAUAGAGCGGGAGUCAGAGGCCUGGGUCCCUCCCAGCUCUGCCCACCGAGAGCCCCCCCCUCUCCGCCUCCAGCUCCAGCCUGCGCCCGCCCGGCCCUCCCCCAGGGGACCCGGCCCUCCAGGCAGUGCUGCAGUUAAUGAAUUCUGCUUUUUGCAGCCUGCGCUUUCGGUGCUGCAGCAGCUCAGACUGGUUUCAGGUGGUCCCAGCGUCGGAAUAUGAAGCCGGGAAUCAGGACCCUCGGGUGGAGGCGUCAGCAUUCCACGGCGGGAGGCAGGUGGGGCCAGGGCUGCAGAGCACGGACAGACUCGCCUGUGCGCGGGGAUAUGCGGCCCAGCGUGGCCAAGUGAGCUGCCCCUGGUGGCACAGGGGUCUUCACGCCCCGCUCACUCCGCCAGGCCAGUUCUACUAUCGUUGGUUUGGGGGCCACGCCUGGCUGCGCUCAGGGCUCACGCCUGGUGGGGCUCACGGGGCCCUUUGGGGUGCCAGGGAUCAAACUGGGCUCCGCCACAUACAAAGCAAGCACUACCCACUGUGCUCUCUCUCUGGCCCCAAAUGUUAUGUCUAUACUGGGGUAGGGAGGGUGUGUGGAAUUAUUUUUAUUUGUGAAAAGGGAUUUUUUUCUCCCCUGCACUGCCCUUAAUGUUUCACUGAACUUUGCACUCUACGUGUUCAGUAGGUGACGGUGGUGCAGAGUGGAGGGCGGUGCCAACCUUUUCCAAGCAGCUUUUAGAGGCAGAAUUCCAUGGGCAGAGAGAUGUGGGCACACUGCAGAGGACCUUUGCCAAGGAUCCCUGGCACAGGGGCAGCCAUCCAGGAAACGGAGCUUGCAUUUCACUGUGAGGGGUGAGGCCAAGAAGCUACACUAUAGAGCUAUAGUAAUCGAAACUGUGUGGCACGGACUAAAGACAGACUUGGAUUUUUGGAGUAGACUCGAGAGCUCAGAGAUAAACCUUCAAAUGUGUGAACAGUUAAUCUGUGACAAAGGAGCUGGGUGCACAGUGUGGAGCAAAGAGAACUUCCAGAAAUGGUGCUGGGAAGACUGGGUCGCCAUGUGCAAAAAAUAGAAAAGGACAAGCGAGAUAGUCCAGCGGGUAGGGCACUUGCCUUGCAUGUGGCCAACCAGGAUUGGCUCCCGGCAUCCCAUAUGGUCCCCCGAGCACCACCAGUAGUUAUUUCUGAGUGCAGAGCCAGGAGUAACCCCUGAGCAUGACCCACUGUGACCCAAAAGGCUAAACAAAUAUAUAAAUAAAUAAUUUU